GCAGCGGGGCUGACGGUCGUGCUGGCGCUGGUGGGCUCCCGCGUGGCAGCGCUGGUGGUGCUGGAGUUCUCCCUGCGCGCCGUCUCCACCGCCCUCUCGCUCGGCAAGGGUGCCCGCAGCUGCCAGCUCUACCUGCAGUGCCAGUACUCGCUGGGUUGCGGCGUGUCCUGCGGCCUCAGCUUCCUGCUGGAAGGGGCUCCCCACCGGACCUGCAACCUGGCGCUGGCGGCGGGGCUGGCGGGGCUGUUGGCCACCUACGCCCAGCGUCUGGCUCGUCACGUCUGCACCCUCUACGAGCUGCACAGCCAAGCGCGUUACUGCGGCGUCUGCAUCCUCCUCCUCGCCUCCGGUCACGGUAUCCCCCGGCUGCUUCGGAACGCUUUGAGCGUCACCUUUGCCGUGGCCGACCUGGCCGCUGUGGCGCUGGUCAACCGGGAUUUCCUCUCGGUGGCCGAGGCUGCCCGCUUCUGGACGCCGCUCACCAUCUGCUACGCGCUGCUGGUCGUCUACAUGCAAGAGGAGCCACGGGCAAGCGCGGGCGGACGGGCGGUUUACCAGACGGCACUGGUGCGACUGGGCGGCCUCUUCAUCCUCCUCCUCACCGUCGGCCGCUGGAGUGACGUCCUCCACGUCUUCAUCUCGCUCCUGGGAGAGUUCUGGUGCCUUCUCCAUGCCAGAGCCAUGCUGGAGGCGUGCCAGCAGCAGGAUUCGGUCCGACCGUCGCGGUUGAGAUCGGGACUGGGAUCGGAGGAGGCCUCUCGAUAA